AUGUCCUCGUACGAACAAGCCCCACCCAUUCCCUCCCUCACUUACACCCAUACUGACAUCCUCUCCAGUCUGGCAGCGGACAACAUGUCCUUCGACUUCGUCUUCCCCUCCUGCGAACCCGCAACACCGCCGAGCUUCUCAUUCGACUCCUUCCCCCUCGACCUCCCGUACCAACAACCCCCGACCACAAAUUACGGCCACGCCCGCUCCCGCUCCAACGGCUCCGUCUACUCCUUCGUCUCCGCCGCCGACUCCACCCCGGAUUCCGUGAGCACCCGCAUGACUACCCCGUCCCGCGCGUCUCCACCCAUCCGGCAGCAUGGGCCCCUCUUGCUCCCCAAGAUCCGCUCCCAGGACCAAGCCAUCGAGUCGCCGCCCACCAAGCGCGUCAGGGUCUCCCCCAAGCCCCGCACACCGGCACGGGCACCCGCACCGGCCCCGCGCCGUAGCGUCGUCGCCGCCGCAUCUCAAGCCGCCGCCUCCGCAUUCCGCCCCACUCACGCCCGGAGCUACACCAACCCGGAGACAAUCACCUGGAACAUGCCCUCUUCCUUCUGCAGCCAGCCCGAGGAGCCCACGACAUCAUCUCUCCUUUGCUCGCCCGUCAUCUUCGCCGACGACAUGCAGUCCCGUCGCGCAUCCACCUGCAGCCUAGAUGCUCCUGCUCUUGAGAAGUACGGCUUCCCGACCUACCGCCAAAUGCCCUCAUACGUUCCUGCCGCAUCCACUCCGGCGCCCCAGCCUCAGGCUACUCCUGAGCCGUACAUGUUCCCCUCCCAGUGCUCCUACAACACAGUCCCGCGCGCUCCCUCGCCUCUGAGCAUCUCAUCCACCCCGGACCCGACGCCCAGCACAACCCUCAUGUCCUACCUGACCAGCUCCAACCCCGCUCCUUCCUUGGUUCGCACAAUCUCCUUCCCUCUUCGGGACCCCAACACCAAGCACUUCUGGUGGGACAUCCGUCAAAUCCGCCCUUGGACGUCCUUCAACAUCUCCUCCGUCCUCUCCCUCCCCGGCGCCUCCGCCCUGCUCAACUGCCCUGUCCCCGCCCCUCUCCUGCCCACCCCGGCACAGACCGCCCGCCACCCCGAGACCGAGGCCGCCCUGCACUCCAUCUACGCCUCCCACUACCUCCCCAAGCUCAACGCCGCCCUCGCCAUCUCCUCCACCCGGCCCAUGCAGCUCUCCGCCCCCACCCCGGCACCCGGCAAGCAAACGGACCUCCUCUUCACCGCCUCCCCUGCCGGCGAGCCCGCCUCCGCCGCAGCCAUCUUCGGCGGCAAGCCCACCGCCCGCGUCGUCGGCCUCGUCCGCUCCUUCGACCGCUUCAACACCGGCAUGCGCGUCGAGGGCAACAUCAAGCGCGUCGAGUACCUCCGCGGCCUCGCCGCCCUCCACCACGCCAUGCGCGAGCACGGCUGCCGCUACGGCUUCAUUCUCACCGAGAUCGAGCUCGUCCUCGUCCGCAACGGCCCCGACGCCGUCCCCAACUUCGGCUUCCUCGAGGUCUCCUCCGUCCAGCUCGCCUCCGUCGCCGACGACGUCGACCUCGAGAACGGCGAGAUCCCCCUCACCGCCUGCCUCGCGCUCUGGGGCCUCUGCAUGAUGGCCGGCAACGACGCGCCCCCCCACGGCGUCGCCCACUGGAAGGCCGAGAUCGGCGCCCCGGCCGAGGGCACCAGGAGAAAGGCCCUCCCGCGCGACGACUGGAUGCCGAAGCCGCAGCUCGCCGAGAAGAGGGAGGCCAAGAGGAGUCGCGGCUGGAUCAUGCCCGAGGACCCCGUCGGCCGGAAGGAGCUUGGUAAGAGGGGUGUCCGGUACGGCGCUUGCUAG